UAUAGAGUAAUAUUAAUAUAUCAAGGCCGAAAGGAGACGCUGACCUCUCAAAGGAUUCACAAAAAGACGAAUCACUUUGAGGAAAGUACUUUUGUGAGAAUCAGACCGGAAAGCAUGGCCUUGCUCAUUGCGCUCCCACGGUGCUGUCCUCAACGAGAACGACGCACGUUUUGACACUUUUCACAGAACUUUAAAUUUUAUGAAAUUUUAUAAGAGAAAAAUUCCGUUUAUAAAAUAAAAAUGUACCACCUGGUUUUUUCAUAUCUGAACAUAUUGCUUAUACGGAAAAUCUUAUAAAGGAAAUAAAUGGAUAAAGCGGUUCUCCAUCGAAAAUGAACGUUCCUUAAAUUAUUUGAUAAAUUCGUCUGGGAUUAAGCCCACGUGUAAAUUCUUCAACUAUCUCUUACACAUGAAAUAUAUAAGGCCAACCGUCCCUAACAUGUGUCAAAAAAGUUAUUUCUUAAGUAUUUCCGAUAUUUUGUUAAGUAGUAGAAGAUUUGUUGUAUAUGUUCCAUCGUUGAAAAAUGGGUCCCAAAAAGAAAAAGGGAAACAAAUCGGGGGCAUUGAAAAAAAAGUUGUCUGCCGCAAGAAAGGCCUUUUACACUUUCCAAGUCAAAGAACUUCAAAAAUAUAUAGGAAGAUUGAAAUCCUAUUCGAUCCAGUUAGAAAAUCAAAAUGAAGAUUUACGAAAAGAACUUGAAGUACUUGACACCGACAGGGCAGAUGUCAUUUCUUUGCUUAAACGAAGACUCUCUGAAAAAGACGAAGAGCUGAAGCAGCUCGAAGAAAGGACUGAAUCUCUUCAAGAGGCGAAAGAUUCAGAGAAGAAAUUUCUAAAAGGUGUUAUAAAACAAAGAGAUACCGAACAUAAACAACUUUCAGAACAAUUAAUUUCUGAAAUAAAGUUACUCAAUGGAAAGUUGAACUCCCUCGAGGAGUAUAAACUUCAUAGAGAUGAGUUAAUGGCAAAAUUCGGGGUACAGGAGGAAGCAUUAGAAGAACAAGAAAGAACACACAAAAGAACUGUUUAUGAAAUUGAAAAAAAAUUCAUCAUAAGCAAAGAUAAAUUAAGGAAAGAUAUGGAAGAAAGACUGUUGAAACUUUCGUUAGAUUUCAAGAAAGCAACGCAAAUAAGAAUCGCGUCAACAACUCAAAGUGUUAUUAGAGAAAACAUUGCAAUUAAUAAUGAAUUGUCACUUUUGAUCGGUUCAUGGCAAAAAUUAUUCGAUGAAAAUGAAGCAUUAAAACUGAAAAACAAAGAACUUACGAAUGAAGUAGAUUUAGCAGAAAAUCAAAAGACAAUGGCUCUAAAUCGCAAUGUCGUCCAAUCUCAGGUGAUAAACCGUUUGGCACAAGAGCACCAGCAGAUACUGAAAAGUUACGAAGAGGUCCAACAAUACAAAAGGAUAAUAAAAUCUCUAGAAGACAGGAUUCAAGAUCAAGAAACGAAACGCCGCUGCGCUGAACAGCACGAAAACGAACAGAAACAGUCCAAAGAAAAAGUCCUGGCCCAACUCCAAAGCAAGACGAGAGAAUUCAACGAAUUGUGCAACGUGAACCAUGUAUUGGAGAAAAAACUCAAGAUUACUAUAUUAACAAUCAAGCAGAUAAUCGAUCUUCCAAAAAGGAAAAGUAAAGGUGGCAUUAAUGAUGAACAAGAGAGAGAAGAGAGAGAUCACCUGUUGAAGUACAUACUGGAUUUGUUUGAUUGUGACGAUCUCACAAGUGACGUUCCUGAUCUUAGAAAUGCUUCGGUUGAGACACUGUACGGACUAGAAAACAAAUUCAGGCGUGGUGAUUUGGGAUUAUUCCAGAAAAGAGCACCUUUCAAAGGCAAAGGCAGCCCAUCGGCGGCAAUGCCUGCAUCAACCAGUGUCCAAAAAGCUUAAAAAAACAUUUAAAAAAUAAAAUUUUGCUAGUAAUAUAGAAAAUAUUUG